GACAGGCCCGGGACAGGCCCGGGGCACCGCAGGUCGCCCCCGCGCCGCCGAGCCAUGCGGGAUCGCCCGGUGCCGUCGCCAGCCGAGCCAUGAGCAGCUGUCGCCACAAUGGGGGGGUGACACGGCCCCGGGGCCACCCGGGCUCCUCCAACCACGGCCAAACCCAGCCCUGCGCCAGCCCGCGCCUCCAGGUGCUCGUGUCGCGACAGGAGCAUCCCGCAGCGACAGAAACCGCUCGCGUGGCCACCAGAACGGCUCGGGAGGCGAGCGAGGAGCGGGCAGGCGAGCGGAGGAAAAAUCAGAAUAUUGGCUACAAGCUGGGCCACCGGCGAGCACUGUUCGAGAAGCGCAAACGCCUGAGCGACUACGCGCUGAUUUUUGGCAUGUUCGGCAUCGUGGUGAUGGUGACGGAGACGGAGCUGUCCUGGGGGGUCUACACCAAGGAAUCGUCGUAUUCGUUCGCGUUGAAGUGUCUGAUCAGCCUGUCCACGUUGGUGCUGCUGGGGCUCAUCGUGAUGUAUCACGCCAGGGAGAUUCAGCUGUUCAUGGUGGACAACGGCGCCGACGACUGGCGCAUCGCCAUGACCUCGGAGCGCGUGUUCCUGAUCGCGCUGGAGCUGCUGGUGUGCGCCAUCCACCCCAUCCCCGGGCAGUACCUGUUCACCUGGACCGCCCGCUUGGCCUUCACCUACGCGGCGUCGGUGGCGCACGCCGACGUGGACAUCGUGCUGUCCAUCCCCAUGUUCCUGCGGCUCUACCUGCUGGGCAGGGUGAUGCUGCUGCACAGCAAGCUCUUCACGGACGCGUCGUCGCGCAGCAUCGGCGCCCUGAACAAGAUCAACUUCAACACGCGCUUCGUCAUGAAGACGCUCAUGACCAUCUGUCCCGGCACCGUGCUGCUGGUGUUCAGCAUCUCAUCGUGGAUCGUGGCGGCGUGGACGGUGCGGGUGUGCGAGAGGGACAAACUGUACCACGACAAGCAGGAGGUCACCAGUAACUUCCUGGGGGCCAUGUGGCUGAUCUCCAUCACCUUCCUGUCCAUCGGCUACGGGGACAUGGUGCCACACACCUACUGCGGCAAGGGCGUGUGCCUGCUGACCGGCAUCAUGGGCGCGGGCUGCACGGCUCUGGUGGUGGCCGUGGUGGCCCGGAAGUUGGAGCUGACCAAAGCCGAGAAGCACGUGCACAACUUCAUGAUGGACACGCAGCUCACCAAGAGGGUGAAGAACGCCGCUGCCAACGUUCUCCGCGAGACGUGGCUCAUCUACAAGCACACGCGGCUGGUGAAGAAGCCGGAGCGCGCCAAGGUGCGCACCCACCAGCGUAAGUUCCUCCAAGCCAUCCAUCAAGCUCAGAAGCUCAGGAGCGUGAAGAUGGAGCAGCGCAAGCUCAGCGACCAGGCCAACACCUGGGGGGACCUGGCCAAGACGCAGGCUGUGAUGUCGGAGCUGCUGGCGGAGCUGCAGGAGCGCCACGCGGAGCUGGAGAAGCGCCUGGGGGCGCUGGAGGCGCGGCUGGAGGCGCUGGGGCUGAGCCUGCUGGCCCUGCCCGGGCGAGUCCGGCAGGCGCUGGGCCAGCAGCGGGACCCGCUGGGCUACCAACGAGACAGCCUGGGCUACCAACGAGACAGCCUGGGCUACCAGCGAGACACCCUGGGCCAGCAACGGGACACCCUGGGCUACCAGAGAGACCCCCUGGGGCAGCAUUGUGACACCCUGGGCUACCAGCAAGAUCGACUGGGCUGCCAACGAGAUCCCCUGGGUCAGCACCUGAACUGCCUGGGCUACCAAUGUGACCUCCUGGGCGAGCAACGGGACCCCCUGGGCUGCCACUGUGACCCCCUGGGCCACCAGCGGGACCCCCUGGGCUCCCUGGAUCUCCUGGGCCAGCAACGGGACCCGCUGGGCCAGCACCGCCACACCCUGGGCUACCAAUGUGACCUCCUGGGCCACCAGCGGGACCCCCCGGGCCAGCAGCAGGAUACCCCGGGCCAGCAGCGGGACCCCCCGGGCCAGCAGCGGGAUCUCCUGGGCUACCAAUGUGACCUCCUGGACCAGCACUGUGACCCCCCGGGCCACCAGCACGAGCCCUCGGGCCACCAAUGUGACUCUCUGGGCCACCAGCGGGAUGCCCCGGGCCACCGACGUGACCCCCCGGGCCACCAGAGGGACACCCCGGGCCACCAGUGUGACCCCCCGGGCCCGUGUCCCCCCCGCCUGUGCUCGGCCACCGCCCCCUGCAGCCCCGCUCGGCGCCCGGGACCGGCCCAGAGCCCGCGGGCGGCCUCGGACAGCGGCUGA